UAUAAACAAUGGGUCACUUGUGUUCAUUGGUUUUUCGUAAAUGUGUCAUUAUAAAGUAAUAUGUAGCGCCGUGGUAUUCGCAAUGUCAAAAUGUCGUGGAAUAAGCGAAACGUAACCUUUGUGUUUCUUAAAAAAAAUAAUAAUACAAUGCUACUAUCGCCAAUCCAUGGAGUGAGGAGAGCUACAGUCCACUACUUUAAAACGAGCAGAUGGACUUCACUCUUAAGGCACCUGAGCUCCUGCGAUGGAGUCCCUCCUGCACUGGUUGAUGCUGAAACUAUCUUUGCAUUAUCAUCAGGCCACGGCAAGUGUGGGGUUGCUGUGGUACGGAUCAGUGGACCCGCAUCCACUACAGCCCUCAGGUGCAUGGCGGGCCUCACCCGCAACCUGCCAGUUCCUCGCAGCGCAUUGUUAAGGAGCAUCACGCAUCCCCAUUCGAGAGAGGUGCUGGACCGUGGGCUUGUCCUUUGGUUUCCAGCUCCUCACAGUUUCACAGGAGAGGACAGUGUUGAGUUCCACAUCCAUGGAGGUCCUGCUGUUACUGCUGCUGUCCUUCAGGCUCUUGGAAGUGUGGCUGGCAUGAGGCCUGCUGAGUCUGGGGAGUUCACGCGAAGAGCCUUUCAAGCAGGGAAACUUGGCCUAACAGAGGUGGAAGGGCUCGGGGAUCUGAUCCACGCUGAGACCGAGGCCCAGAGGAGACAGGCGCUAAGGCAAAUGUCAGGAGAACUUGCCCGUCUAUAUCAAGGCUGGACUCACAACCUGAAACGGUGUCUUGCCCAUGUGGAGGCCUUCAUAGACUUCGGUGAGGAUGAGCUUAUUGAGGAUGGAGUCUUAACCCAAGUAGAUGGAGUGGUGCAUGAUCUGCAAGCGGAGAUGGCGCGACACCUACAGGAUGAGAGGAGGGGCGAGCGGCUACGUAGCGGUGUGCAGGUGGUCAUUGCGGGUGCCACCAAUGCAGGGAAAAGCAGUCUCCUCAACUCGCUCUGCCAGAGACCUGCAGCCAUAGUGUCCCCCAUCGCUGGAACCACCAGAGAUGUGGUGGAGACGGCUCUGGACAUCGGUGGAUUUCCUGUUCUCUUGAGUGACACGGCGGGGCUCAGAGACAGCUGGGAUCUGGUGGAGAGAGAGGGGGUCCGUCGAGCUCGUGAAAGAGUUGAGCAAGCAGAUCUGACUCUGGUGGUUGUGGAUAGUUCUCAUCUCCCCACUGACAUCCAGCAAGCUGUAGCCUUUCUUCAGGACCACCUCAGAAGUGUUCUCCUCACUCAGGAGCAGGUCCACACAGCGUUACAAUCUGACAGGUUCCUUGUGGUCCUGAACAAGGUGGACUUGCUGCCUGAGGAACAGAGAGACAUGCUGAAAAUGAAGUUUGGGUGCAUAGCUGGGCUCCCUCCUGUUUGUCUGCUGUCCUGUCACACUAAUGAGGGACUUCAAGACUUCCUCACAACACUGCACGGCAGAGUCAAGACUUUGUGUGGCGACCCUCUGUCUGGUGCCCCUACCCUGACCCAAGCACGCCACAGGGCCCACCUGCAGCAAUGUUUCGCAGCCCUGGAUCAGUACCAGCGAUACCGUGACCUCGAUCUCGCUCUGGCAGCCGAGGGCGUUCGCCUGGCUCUCACCAGCCUGGGCCGGAUUACUGGAAAGGUCGGACCAGAGGAGAUCCUUGAUAUUAUCUUCAAAGACUUCUGCAUUGGCAAAUAGUUGGGCACCCUAUGUAAUAAUACUGAUAAUACUGUAAUGAUAACAAUAAACUGCAUAGAGAAGCUGAGCUGCAUUCUUGCAUUGACCCGCAGUACAGGCAGAGGAAGGUGAAAGGCUAGAACCUUGGCACUGUGCCAAGCUUUGUGUCAUCAAAAGAACACAUUGCGUUCUUGGUUCCAAACGGCCCCCAAGACACCCAAAUAUUUUGGGGGGUUGUUUUUUGUUAACUGAAUGGAGUGGAAAUACUUGACAUGAUGUCUCACACACAUACUGUACACUAUGUACAAGAGUUUGGCCAGUCUGGAGUCAUGUUUAGAAACAAUGUUUCGAGCCUUUGAUAAGUGAAUAUUUGGCCCCUGGGUCCAACAAAGCCAAAUUUAUCCUGCAUAAUAAACUGGCUCCACCUGACAACUGCAGUCACAACUCUCAGUACGGAUGUUUGGGUGUACAGUCUGACCUGGAAGAAUUUAUGAUUUCAGCUGCAUCCCCAUAUUUGUUUCACUGUGAGUCACUGAUGGUGUAGUGGUACAUUCGCCUGCCUCUGGUGUAGGCAGCGUUGGUUAAGUUCCCACUUAGUGACGGGGUGAAUGUGUGUGUCUAUAAGUGCUCUGCGACUGACUGGCGACCAGUUCGCCCUGCGACCCUGAACACGAUUAGCGAUAUUGAGAAUGGAUGGAUGGCUGUUCCACUGUGUGAAAGCUGGCAUUCGAUUCAAGUAAAAUGUGUUGGUAUGUUUUAAUUUGCUGUGUGAAUGAUUACAUAAACCAGCAGAGCAGAUGCAUCAAU